AUGUACGCGGGGAGGAAGAGAAGGAAACCUGCUCAGAAGGGAGUGAAGCCGAGCCCGGCUGAAGGCGCCAAGUCCAACCCGUCCAAACGCCACCGUGACCGGCUGAACUCGGAGCUGGAGCGGCUGGCCGGCCUGCUGCCGUUCCCCGAGGACGUGGUCUCCAGCCUGGACAAGCUGUCCAUCCUGAGGCUCAGCGUCAGCUUCCUCCGCAGCAGCAGCUUCUUCUCAGUGGCGCUGAAGAGCCGGCUGUGCAACGGCUCCAACAAGUGCAGCAAGACGCCGGGUUCAGCAGACACACACCUACCUGAGGGGGAGCUGCUGCUGCAGGCUCUGAACGGCUUCGUCCUGGUGGUGACGGCCGAGGGAAUCGUCUUCUUCUGCUCUCACACCAUCCAGGACUUCCUGGGUUUCCAUCAGACCGACGUGAUGCAUCAGAGUGUGUUUGAGCUGAUUCACACUGAAGACCAGCAGGAGUUCAGGAGGAACCUGCACUGGGCCCUCGACCCCCCUGCCGGCCCCGGACCCCCCACAGACCCCUCUACAGAUGGGGAGUCGGAGUCGACCUCUCCUUGCCUCGUGAGCUACAACCCCGACCAGCUCCCACCUGAGAACUCCUCCUUUCUGGAGCGAGGCUUCAUCUGCCGCUUCCGCUGUCUGCUGGACAACUCCUCCGGCUUCCUGGCGCUGAACAUCCAGGGUCGGUUGAAGUUCCUCCACGGUCAGAGCCGUCAGCAGAGUGGCAGCGAGGCCGGGACGCCGCCUCAGCUCGCUCUCUUCGCCAUCGCCACGCCCAUCCAGCCUCCAGCCAUCCUGGGAAUCAGAACGAGGAACAUGAUCUUCAGGACCAAGCACAAGCUCGAUUUCACUCCCAUGGCCUGCGACGCAAAGGGUAAAAUAGUCCUGGGAUACACCGAGGCAGAGCUGAGGGUCCGAGGCUCUGGUUACCAGUUCAUCCACGCUGCGGACAUGUUGUACUGUGCUGAAAACCACGUCAGAAUGAUGAAGACCGGAGAGAGCGGCCUCACCGUCUUCAGGCUGCUCACCAAGGAGAACCGGUGGGCGUGGGUCCAGGCCAACGCCCGGCUCGUCUACAAGAACGGAAAGCCCGACUACAUCAUCGCCACCCAGAGGCCUUUGGUGGACGAGGAAGGAGGGGAACACCUGAGGAAGCGAUCCAUGCACCUUCCUUUCACCUUCGCCACCGGGGAGGCGCUGCUCUACCAGACCGGGCAUCCGCUGCACGGCUUCCCGGAUUCCUUCCAGGGCAAAGCCAAAGGCAGCAAGUCCAAAAAGGGCAAAGUGGACAGGAGCUCUUCAGAUGAGCUGGACCCAAAGUCCCUGCUGGGAAUUCUGAUGAGCCAGGACGAGUCCGUGUACGUCUUCCAACCCGACACAGAGGCGAAAAUGUCCUAUCAGAGCAUCCUUACUGGGGAGCAGCCGAGCCAGACUGAUGGUUUCAGUGGCUUAUUUGGUGCUGACAGCUGGCAAAUCGUAUCCAACGGGGAGACAGGAAGAUGCAACGGUAAAACACCCGGUUUUGACCCCCUGCUGUCCACCUUGGACUCCUUGUCUCUGGACGGGGACGAGACGUGCUCCAACAGCGAGCUCUUCAGCGCUCUGGAGAACCUGGGCCUGGACGCUGAAGACCUGGAGCUCCUGCUGCUGGACGAGAGGAUGAUUCAGGUGGAGCUGGACCCGAACCACAUCCCCUCCCUCAGCGACCUUCUCACCAACAAUGAGAUCCUCUCCUAUAUCCACGACUCCCUGGAGGGAGGCACAGAGGGAGGGGAACCGGGGGGAUUUGGACUUUUGGGCGAUUCGCCGAACACGGACUCCGCCCAAAGCGUCUCCCGGCAGGAGUGUUCCACCGCUGGCGUCCCUGCCGCCCCCCCCGGCAGCAGGCAGCCCAUCGUCCAGCUCUCGCAACAGAUGCAGCAACACGUCCGAGCUGGUGAGCUGGUGAAAGAGCAGCUGGGACAGAUCCAACCUCUGGACACCAACGUUUUACCCAACGGUCACUGGAUGGUCACGACGGAGAACCUCCAUCACCCAAACAACCACACCCACCACCACCCGCACACUGUGCUCAAAACCUCGACGCUGAACAGUGACCACAAACACCUUCAUUCACGUCUGGGAUUGAGUCAACAGUGGCAGCUGCAACACGACCAGUACUCAGUGCACCUCCAGUCCCACCAGCAGGAAAACAGCCAGAGCGCUCUGUUACCUGGUUUCCACAACCAGCUGGGACUGAGCAGAUCUCACACCUCCAACGGACACGCAGCCUUCCCACCACACGUGGAGGUGGAGCACACAGGCUACAGCAUCUCCAACGCGCCGUAUACCGGUGGCACCGUCCUGAACAGUGUGAUCACGCAGGAUGUUUGGGCCCAACAGAAACACCAGCAGGUGAUGCAGCAGACUCAGAGCUCCUCGCUGGACUUGGAGCAGCUCCUGGGUCUGUCCCAGCCGCAGCCCGGCCGGCCGGCCCUCCAGGCCUACGGCAUGUUCAGCACCGGGCCACAGGACCACGGCAAGCUGGAGAACGGCUGCCUCCUCAGUGCCACCAACGCAGCGUACAUCAAGACGUGUCUGAUGCCCAAUGGGAACGGAGUGGCCACCGAUGACAUCCCUCUCUCGUGCCCCGAAGGACUCGCUGCUCUGCAGGACCCACAGAAGUCUGGAUUCUUCCUCUGAAGGGAGGAAGAGUCCAAGGAGGCGAGAGGAGAAGGUACAGAAGGAAAAAUAAAUAAUCACGAAGAGAGGAAACGUUUCGACUCCUCUUCCAGGAAGGACUUUGUGUCAGUUUCUCUCGUCUUGAGAUCGGACUCAAGCUCUACUCAGAGAACCGAGGUCAGGAAGAUAACCUAGAGACGGUUGUAACGAGUGAAGACAAAGAAGCUUUUCGUGAGUUGUGCGCUCACUGAAAGUUUUGUGUCCAUGUGUCAGGUUUGUGUUCUUUUAUCAGGAGUCAGACGACUCACCUGAACAUCAACCUCAAGCCAAACCUCAUCCUCCUCUCGUCUUUACACUGUGACUUUCAACAGAAGUGGUUCGUUUGUUGGUUGACAAUCAGUUUUAGUGCCAUUUAAUAAGAUAGAGGCCACUGGACUGUUAAAAUAAAGCACACAACUGGAGAUUUAACUUCACAGUAUUCUACAAGUGAGCAUUU